CCUGGUCCUAACCUCCUGGGAAGAGGGCUCUGACCUGAAGACACCCAGGGUUCAGCUGAGUCUUGAGAAAGGCUCUGAAGACCUCUCUGCAUUCCCAAGAUCUCCUGUUCCUGUUUCCUCCUCCAGUCUCACAAGCCCUCCCUCCCCCCACCCAUCCCUCUUGUGUUGGUUUCCCAAGAGUGGGACUGGAGAGAGAAAAAGGAGGUAGGGGAUGCAUGAGUGCUAUCAUUUGGCUUGCCAGCUAUGUGUUACGGAUUAUGACGAGACCAUGGUGGCUUUGUCAAUGGUCCUUGUUUUCCUGCUGGCCCUGAGCAGAGGUGAAAGUGAACUGGACAUCAAGAUCUCAUCUCCACAGGAGACCACCGAAUGGGGGGAUCCUGGGCUGUCCCUACCAGGGUCCUGCCAGCCAGCUCCCUCCUGUCAAAAGUGCAUCCUCUCACACCCGAGCUGUGCAUGGUGCAAGCAACUGAACUUCACGGCGUCCGGGGAGGCGGAGGUGCGGCGCUGUGCCCUUCGAGAGGAGCUGCUGGCCCGGGGCUGCCCCCCGGAGGAGCUGGAGGAGCCCCGCGGCCGGCAGGAGGUGCUGCAGGACAAGCCGCUCAGCCAGGGCACCCGCGGCGAGGGGGCCACCCAGCUGGCACCACAGCGGGUCCGGGUCACGCUGCGGCCAGGAGAGCCCCAGCAGCUCCGGGUCCGCUUCCUUCGAGCCGAGGGAUACCCUGUGGACCUGUACUACCUUAUGGACCUGAGCUACUCCAUGAAGGACGACCUGGAGCGCGUGCGCCAGCUUGGGCACGCGCUGCUGGUGAGGUUGCAGGAAGUCACCCACUCCGUGCGCAUUGGCUUUGGUUCCUUCGUGGACAAAAUGGUGCUGCCCUUCGUGAGCACAGUGCCCUCCAAGCUUCGCCACCCCUGCCCCACCCGACUGGAGCGCUGCCAGCCGCCCUUCAGCUUUCACCAUGUGCUACCCCUCACCCGGGACGCUAAGGCCUUCGAACGGGAGGUGGGACGCCAGAGCGUGUCCGGCAACCUGGACUCGCCUGAAGGUGGCUUUGAUGCCAUUCUGCAGGCUGCCCUCUGCCAGGAGCAGAUUGGCUGGAGAAAUGUGUCCCGGCUACUGGUGUUCACUUCAGAUGACACAUUCCACACAGCUGGGGAUGGCAAGUUAGGUGGCAUCUUCAUGCCCAGCGACGGGCACUGCCACUUGGACAGCAAUGGCCUCUACAGUCGCAGCCCAGAGUUUGACUACCCCUCCGUGGGUCAGGUAGCCCAGGCCCUCUCUGCGGCAAACAUCCAGCCCAUCUUUGCUGUCACCGGUGCCACACUGCCUGUCUACCAGGAGCUGAGUAAGCUGAUUCCCAAGUCCGUAGUGGGGGAGCUGAGUGAGGACUCCAGCAAUGUGGUACAGCUCAUCAUGGAUGCUUAUAAUAGCCUAUCAUCCACUGUGACCCUUGAACAUGAACGCUCUCUACUCCCUCCUGGGGUCCACAUCUCUUACGAUUCUCAGUGUGGGGGUCCUGAGAAGAAACAGGAUGAGGCUGGUGACAGGGGCCAAUGCAACCACGUCGGAAUCAACCAGACAGUGAAUUUUUUGGUUACUCUCCAAGCUACCCACUGCCUCCCAGAGCCCCAUCUGCUGAGGUUCCGAGCCCGCGGCUUCUCAGAGGAGCUGACUGUGGAGUUGCAUACACUGUGUGACUGUAACUGCAGUGACACCCAGCUCCAGGCUCCUCACUGCAGUGACGGCAAGGGGCACCUACAGUGCGGGGUGUGCAGCUGUGUCCCUGGCCACCUGGGUCGACUCUGUGAGUGCUCUGAGGCUGAGCUGUCUUCCUGGGAUCUGGAAUCUGGGUGCCGAGCCCCCAAUGGCACAGGGCCCCUGUGCAGUGGGAGGGGACGGUGCCAGUGUGGACGCUGCACCUGCAGUGGACAGAGCUCUGGACGUCUGUGCGAAUGUGAUGAUGCCAGCUGUGAGCGACAUGAGGGAAUCCUCUGUGGAGGCUUUGGCCGCUGCCAAUGUGGAGUGUGUCACUGUCACGCCAAUCGCACGGGCAGAGCAUGCGAAUGCAGCGGGGACACAGACAACUGUGUCAGUCACGAUGGAGGGCUGUGCAGUGGGCAUGGAUACUGCAACUGCAACCGCUGCCAGUGCUCGGACGGCUAUUACGGUGCCCUAUGUGGUCAGUGCUCAGGCUGCAAGACGCCAUGCGAGAGACACAGGGACUGCGCGGAGUGUGGCGCCUUGGGGACUGGUCCUCUGGCCGUGAAUUGCAGCCUGGCGUGUGCCCAUGCCAACGUGACUCUGGCUUUGGCCCCUACCCUGGAUGAUGGCUGGUGCAAAGAGAGGACCCACGACAACCAGCUCUUCUUCUUCCUGGCAGAGGAUGAAGCCGGAGGCAGGGUCACGCUGAGAGUGAGGCCCCCGCAGAAGGGGUCAGACCACACCCAAAUCAUCGUGCUGGGCUGUGUGGGGGGCAUCGUGGUCGUGGGACUGGGACUGGUCCUGGCUUAUCGGCUCUCAGUGGAAAUCUACGACCGCCGAGAAUACAGCCGUUUUGAAAAGGAGCAGCAGCAGCUCCAGUGGAAGCAGGACAACAAUCCUCUCUACAAGAGCGCCAUCACGACUACUGUCAACCCCUGCUUUCAAGAGGCAGAAGGCGCCCCUCUCUGAAGUGGGGAGGGACACUCACUGCAGGGCUCUUCUCUGGCAUGGAGGGAAUUGGGGCAUGGGGUCUCGCAGUCAGCAGUUUGGUAGGGGGCUAAUCCACUGCUGAGUGGUCACCCAUACUUCAUUCUUAGAGCGACACCCGAGAGGGGACUACCUUCUGUGGCAACCUUGCUUCCCUACCUCAGAAGUGGGGGCUACCCCCCAUGUAUACAAUAAAGAGUCUUACCUCAGA